GGCGGUGGUGGCGGUGGCGGCGGCCGCCGGAGCGGGGAGCAGCGGGGCUGGCGCAGGCCCAGGAAAUUACCAAACAGCCCCAACCGUGACGGAAGAAAACCAUGGGAAGAGUUUUCCUCAGCGAAAAGAGAGCCAACAAUGUAUUGAAGCGAUAUCCGAGAGCUAACACUUUUUUAGAAGAAAUAAGGCAGGGGAACAUUGAACGUGAAUGCAGAGAAGAAGUCUGUAACUACGAAGAGGCCAGGGAAGCUUUUGAAAACGAUGCAAAGACAAAGGAGUUCUGGAAUGCCUACACAAAAGGACAUCAGGGAGAGAGUAACAGAGGAAGUAACUGGUAUCCAUUUUACCUGGCAUUUCCAUUAAUCAUCGGCCUCUUCGUCAUCCUCAUUGUCAUAUUCGUAACCUGGAGGUACCUCUUAAAAAAGAAAACCCGCAGACAGACGGUGUACAGGCGUCGGGAUGGCCUCGAAGCCGUGGGGGAGGCGGCCCUGACCGAUAGCCGAGGACCCCUCCCUCAGCACCUCGGCAUCGUUCACUCCCCGCAGGAAGACCUGUUCGACGGCAGCGGGUUGUCGCCGGGAUUUCUGGGAUACGUAGUUGGGCGCUCAGAUUCCGUCUCCACCCGCCUCUCCAACUGCGACCCACCGCCCUCGUACGAGGAAGCCACCGGGGAGUUGGGUCUCCGGCGCAGCGAAACGGAACACCAUUUAGACCCGCCGCCCCAGUACGAGGACAUCAUGAACUCCAGCUCGGCCAACUCCAUUCCCAUGGUGCCCCUGGGACCCGGUGCCAAAUGAAGGCGGGAAGAAUCUCCACGUCUCUAGCUACUUUUCAAACACUAACGAAUUUUGCCGCACUUUAUCGUUGCUUAUUCGUGCAUUUCCAUAUUUUAUUGGACUCUUUAUCGACACACCACUUCCCCUUUGGGGGGCCCUCGUCGUCUUCUUGGGUUUUUGUUUUCGUUUUAAGUACCAUCUCCUAGGCGUAUGUUUUGCUGGUCGACGUCUAAGGGGGUGCCAACACGGAAAGCUUAAGUGCGGCUAGAAAAGUACCAGCGGAAUACUGGACCGGAUGCUCGUCCUCUAGACUGGAAGCUCGCUCUGGGCAGGGAAUAUGUCUUCCAACUCUCUUCUAAGCGCUUAGCUCAGUGCUCUGCACACAGUAAGCACUCAAAUACCACUGAGUGAUUAACAGAGAACUUGUGACCGGCUUGAGAAGUGAUCAUCUUCUGUGGUAUACUCAGCCUAGAGUUCAGGAGGUUCAGAACGUAGCCUUAACGGUGUUGGCAAAAUAAAAAGCAGUGAGUAACCAAAUCGGUUAAGCAGCAGAACUUCCCAAGGUGGCUGUCUUACUCACACUCUUCUACUCUGUCCUAACUUUUUUAAGGAAAAAUGCACGUGGGUAUCUGGAAAGGUUUUGUACAGAGAGCAAUGCAUGAUAAAGUGCUAACCCUUUUGACCUAGAAAGCAAAACAGUCAUUGAUCACAUUUCAGACUUCUGUGGUUAAGAACCAAACAGUGUUGUUGAGUAUUCUUUUAUGACUUAUGUUCAUUUUUGGGCUUUUGCAGAGGUCUAAUGUCCCGAAAUGGACUUAGAGAGAAACGAGUCACACAGAAACAUUGCUGAUUCACUGCUCGACUCGUAUUUUCCAUCUUUUCCCCCCUCUUCCCUUUGCCACUCGUUCUUUUUCCUUCCUACCCUUAAAAAAAAAAAACUAGCAGGAAUUCUGGAAGAAAAUUACCUUUAAAACAGGUUUGGGUAGGAUGUUUUCCCCCUCAAGAUUCCUGUCGGUUACCUGCUUAGCUAAAUGUUAAGGAAUUAGAGCACUAGAAUUUUUCUAAUGGUUGCAAAAUCCUGAAUGCCAGGAGUAAACUAAAAUCCCACUAAUAGCUCUCGUGUGGCUCACGAUCGGGGCUUUACUGGGUUUUGUUAUGUUUUACAUAGGGUGGAGGAUAAAUAUAAAAUAAGGGCUCAUAGUCUAUCGGGGGGGGGGGGGGUUUGUUCCCAUCCAUUCUCCCCCACCUCUCCCCAGGAUAGCAGAUAAAGGGAAAACAAUUGCCAACUCCCCCCGUGUCCCACCCCCACCCCCGGCAGCUGGGUUCUUUACCGAUGGAUGGGAUUGCGUUUCCACGAUGUGCUGACUGGAAGCUUUUUACACCCUGCUGUCAGGAAUUCCAGUUGUCUUCCCAUCCCACCUCCCCGACUUGGUGUCACAAGGAAUGAUUUAUCAGGACUGAAGAUAUGUCUGUCUCUAAUGAAAACUUGCCAAAUUGGUAGAUUGUCCCAGUAACUGAAAUGUAGGUUCAUUCAUUCAGUCAGUCAUAUUUAUUGAGCGCUUACUGUGUCCAGAGUACUGUAGUAAGCGCUUGGGAGAGCACAGUACAAAGGUAGCAGAGAGAAUCUGCAUGCUCUGAGGAAAAGAGAGUUGUUAUUAAUGUGCUCCACUCUGAGAAAUGUCCGGUGUAUUCCUGGAUCCAACCGGACUCACGAGAACCCAUUCUAAUGGUUUUUCUCCACAUGGCUGGGGAUUCUUAAAGAAAAUGUUUGAAAAGGGGAACAGACUGCUUUGGAGUUUGGGAAGACAUUUUCUAGAAGGGCCAUGCUGCUUUAUCACAAGGCCUAGAAGAACAAGGUUAAGGCUUGUUACCUUAACUUGGAUGGUCAUCGAGCAUUUUCCUGCUGACUGAGCGUGGUCAGUGAACGAGAGAUUGGCCCAGUCAGUUUAUUCCCUCCGAUUUGGACUUCUUGGAAUGGGCAGCAAUCAAAAUGUCCAAUCUAAUGACCGCUCUUUGGGUAGAAGGGCAACGCGCCUUUUGGAUUUGAACUUAAUGACUGGCGGGACCUUAUUUGAACCAAAGCAGGUCCAAGAGACGAGUGAUGAGACAUUCAAUAUUGGAUCACUAAAUUCAUGUCCAAUUAAAUCUGUUAAUGCAUUUUAAGCAUUUUAGAUUCCUGAGUGGGAAUCUACUUUUUCCCUUUCACUUGUUUGCAGGCACAAUUAAUGUUUGCCCUCUGUUUACACUGACCAUUCUGUUGUCAGAGAGCCUUUCAUUCUAUGAUUAGUCAGAGAACUCAGAGAAGAAAAGUGGAAAUUGGCAACAGGAAAAUAAAAGAAUCCCUGCUUGAUGUAAAAAUGAAUGCAAUUAUUUUCUUUUUCAAAAAGGUAUUACCCGUCCUAUUUGGAAAUGGAGGUGCAGUUUUGUAGACUGGAGUUUCCUAACGUUUACUGAAAUUAAGGCGUGUCUUCAACUUGCGAUAUGUUUAAUGUUUCUGCCUUUGCAAUCUAAUUGAUAUUCCAUUUGCCUUUUAGUGGUUUUUAUAAAGAUUUAUUUUUGCAGGAUAUAUUCACUUCCUUUUUUAAAACAACUGUAUCUAAAUUGAAUGAAUUGUUUUGCGGUAAAUAUGAAAGUAGGAUUAACAGCCUUACCUCUGAACGUGUUUACCAUAACUUUUGGGGACUACAGAAUGGGCAGAUUUCCAAGCUGCCUGCUUUGAAUGUAAUAAUGAAUCGUGUCUUGUGCAAACCAAUAAAAUGAUUAAUUUGCUGAUAACCAGUGUGAAUAGAGGUAGUGCCCUUUAUUAAGGCGUGAUGAAUAACUCGAUACCUGUGAGGGUAGCCGUGUCCAUUGCAGAAAUGACCUGUAUUGCGUUACAACGUUAAGUGAUGUUUGAAGAUUUGGUUUACAUUAAAUUAUCAUAUUUAAACAUUUUGCUGAUAUUUAUAAAAUACAA